AUGACUUCUUGUCACUUCUUUGGUAAUGAAGGAGAAGCUAUUCCAGAAGACGUGGAAGAAUUAGUUAUUCAUCCCCUGGUUCAAGCGAUUCCAGAUGAAGCUUGUCGCGGUAGGUUUGAACGGCUGACACGAGUCAACUUCAAUCAUGGAGGGUCCGCCGCUCUAAGAACAAUCGGAAAAUUUGCCUUUUUGAAAUGUGUAAGCUUGUUGGAAAUUGAAAUCCCUCCGUCCGUGACGACUAUUGGAGAAGGGGCCUUUAUGAGUUGCCAAUCAUUAACAGUAGUUCGUUUUGUCAAAGAUGGUUCUUCAUCAUCAUCAUCAUCAUCAUCAUCAUCAUCAUCCUUGACCACAAUUGGAGAGAAGGCCUUUGCCAAUUGCAGAUCUUUGACUGAUGAUAUCAGCAUUCCAUCCGGCGUGGAGACCAUUCGAGAGCAUGCGUUUGCUUGGUGUCCAUGCUUGGCGAGGGUGUUCUUCCACGAGGGACUGAAAAUAAUCGAUAGUGGUGCUUUUAACGAGUGUGUCAAAUUGGAAAAAGUGAACAUUCCGAGAUCUCUUGAGAUGUUGGGCAGCUAUGCCUUUCGUGGUUGUACAUCGGUACAGGAAGUGAACAUUCAGGAAGGAAACUUGAGGGAAAUUAGAUCACAGACCUUUGAGGAAUGUGUCAAAUUGGAAGCAAUCACCAUAUCUUCCACUGUUGAACGCGUUGGAUCAAACGCAUUCAGGGACUGCCACUCUUUGAGGGUAGUAAAGUUUCACAACGGUCUGCGAUCUGUAGAAGACGGUGCCUUUUACUUGUGCACGAAUCUGCAAUCAGUUGCACUACCGGGGUCGGUAGAAUCAAUCGGCAGGAUGGCUUUCGAAGGAUGUCCCAAGUUGGUGUCCAUAGAAUUGGGGGAUGGUCCAAGAGACAUGAAGAUAUACGGCCUUGCCUUUUCGGAAUGCGUCUCCUUGGCAAAUAUUUGUCUUCCUUCUGCAUCGACAACAACCAAAACCACUACGAACGAAAGUUCGCAUAGCAACAGCUUUAGCCACUGCACGGAGCUGCAAAAUCAAUACGGUGACAGCAUCCCGCUUGCCCUGACGCGUCGAUUUGAGAACUUUCCGAUACACAAGAAAGUUUACCACGCCUCUGUAACAACCCCAGUUGAGCUCUCCCGGGAGAUUGAGUCAUCCGUCCAAUCUUCUGAAGGCAAUAUCCAUAAGGAUCGUUUGGUUGAUCCUUUUGGCAUGACGCCAUUUCACAUUCUGUUAUCGGCUGCAAACUGCAGACUUGAUCUUUUGCAAAUCCUACUAGAUUCCUAUUCACCGCGCGUCCUUGGAUGGAAAGACUACGUGAACGAAAAGACUGCCAUUGAAUACUUGAUCCAACAAAGUGAUCAUCUAACUACUGACAACUCUCGACUCAUACUGCAAGUGGCUCUUGAAGGAUGGUUGAUACGCUCAAUAGCUAGCUGGAAUGGACUGGAAGCUUGGAAAGCAGACAUGUCGAAUAGGGUGAAUGUUAUUGUUGCUGAAGACGGAGCGAAUCAGAGACAAUCCUUGCUUCAAGAAGCAUCAAUGGCUUUGUCACGGUACGAGCGGAUGGAGGCUACAACUUUGCUAGAGUUGUCUUUGUGGAAAAUGGAGUUGAAUUCGGCGGAUGCUCAAACACCAGCGGAGAAUGAAGCAAGAAGAGCGACAGUCAAAAAGGAAGCAUACCAUAUUCGAAGCGGUGCUUCUGUUGUCAUUCCGAAUGUGAUUGCAAUUCUAUACUGUGAUCUGCUAUUAUAG